ACUUCAUACCGCAACAAUAUCAUUUGUAGUUUGCGUGAAUUUUGUGUGACCUCUCGCUUCCAUAAUUCCGAUAACAGGUAAGCGUUUAAUAAUUCACGGCCUCAUUGGUGUUAUGUUGAACGAAAAUUCGCGAAAACGAUCAAGAGGGGCUUGGAAACAUCGUUGAUUUGCAUCGGGUUUGAACGCUUUCUAUAACCGGCGAGCACGUUUAGUUCCUCUUGCGCUGUUAUCCCGUGCGAACGUUUGAACAAACAUAACGUUAAGCCUACACAAACCAGCUGAAGUUUGCCGAACGCGCGAUAUAAAGCCGUGCAGCGACCAUCCGCGCGCAUUGUUAACAUUUGCCAACAGUGAAAGGCUGUUAUUAAACUAAAGUAUUUAAUAAAAAAAACUGUGUAUUACAGCUCAUUUUAAGAUGCGAACAGCCAUCUGGGUUCUGACCCUCGCGGCCAUCGCGGCCGCAGAACUGGCAGACCUACCGUGGGUCGAAGAGGAAGACCUAGAGGAACAGUACAAUGAUUACAAAGAAGACAACCAUGACAGAAGUAAGCGCGAGGCGUACGUGGAGGGUCCUUUCGAGGAGCACGUAAGAGUUAAGCGUGGUUGGAAAGAUGAACCAAAAGAUCGAGAGCGACGCGCAACGGAAACCAAAAAACCACAUCAGUACGAGGUACAUGAACAUAAUGAUGAAGGGUCCAUUAAGGUACCUCCGUAUGAAGAAAUGCUAGUGGCUAGCGCUGAGCAUUAUCAUAGAGUAUACGUUGCUCCGCCGAAAGCACGAAGUUUGAACCACGAAGUGCCAGCAGGGCCGCUCACCUUUGGUGUCAGCCCUGAGGCUGAACACAUCAAGGUUGCUACACCAGUUUCCUUCUCAGUGUCCCACCCCAACCAACCUGCACACCUAGCUCCCGCUCAAACUGCUGAAGCCGCUGCACUUCCACACGAAGAUUUAGCAGUUGCCGCCGGUCAUCAUCAUGAAAAAGGACACGCGCCCUAUUCCCACAAGUUCGCCAACGGCGGAGGUCAGCAACAUCACGGGGAUCAUUAUGCGGAGCAUGGUGGAAAGUCAACCAAAGGCGGUAACUCUGACCACUAUGUGGAUAAGGGACAGAAGGGCUUCCGGACCAACCACCUGCACCGCAAGGAGUACGAAGACGAGGGUGGCCUGAGGAAGAAGCAUCAUGAUGAAGCCAGCGACCGAGGCCACCACGAGGAAGAGGCGUUUGGGUCCCGAGGGGCGCACUUCGGCGAGAAGAAGGGCCACAAGAAAGGACAUAAGACUAAAGGCUUCCACAACAAAUACCACAAGGAUGAGUUCCAGAAAGAACACAAGUUCUACGACGACUUGUACAAAGACGGCGAGCACCAUCGCUACGGCAAGUUCAACGCCAAGCACGCCAGCAAUGAGAGUGGCAAGAAGAAGGUGCACCAUGUCAAGGGAGGACACGACUACGUUGAACACGGCAAGAAGGGAUACAGUAACAAAGGACAUAUAGACGCAGACCACAAGGGCUAUCAUGGCAAACAUGGACAUGAAGAACAUCAGCAACACCAUUCCGAGCACGGAAAGAAAGGAAAACAAGGCGAGGGAUCACAAUGGGGCUAUGCCAAAAAACACUAGCCUAUAGUCCGGUAAAGGCCAAUAGUUGUGAGCAAGCAGAAUGUAGGAUAAGGCUGUUUAAAAAUGUAACUAAUGGUCCUUAUUCAAGAGUUCAUAAUACUUUAACUAAAU